CGCCAAGGAAAGUUGGCUGUCAGGUCAAGAGAAGGACGUUUGCUUCAGUGUGUUUCCAGCUGCGUAGAACCGGCCUGUCGCCCGAUGUCGGCGUACGAACUCCCUACCAGGCCCCAAAAGUUGGUCCAGCAGUAGUUUUAUCACAUUGAAUGGGAAACCUGUACAACUGCCAACCUCUGCUUUCUCUACUAGAUCUCCAGCUUAGAGCUGUUUUGAGAAGGUGUGAACCAUGGACCUGUCAGUGUCCGGUUACGAUGAACAGCCGGUCCUGGACACUCGAGCCGCCAGCGCGGCCAGACUGGCUGACCGGGACCACACCGACUUUGACCGUCACAAGAAUGUCUACGUAGGUGUACAUGUCCCGCUAAAACACAGACACCAGAAAAAACGUAGCGGUAAAAAUGGCCACCACAAGAGCCACAGGAAGAACGACAAGGACAAUAAGGACAACGUUCCCACACCUCCAGUCACCCCUCCCAGCCAGCGUGUACAGUUCAUCCUUGGAGGAGAUGACGAGACAGAGAAGAAGGAGACUCCCACCAUCUUCACUGAGAUGGAGGAACUGCACAUGGGAGAGGACAUGGAGAUGGAAUGGAAGGAGUGUGCCAGAUGGGUGAAGUUUGAAGAGGAUGUAGAGGAGGGAGGAGACAGAUGGAGUAAACCCCACGUGGCCACCUUGUCUCUGCACAGCCUGUUUGAGCUGAGAAGUUGUAUCCUGACAGGAACUGUCCUCUUGGACAUGGAUGCCAACCAUCUCACAGACAUCGCUAAUCUGGUUCUAGAUAACAUGGUGUUGAAGGGCCAGCUGCAGGAAGAGGACCGUGACAAAGUCCUGAACGCUCUGCUGAGCCGCCAUCACCACCAGACCAGGCGUAGCAAAGCAGCCAUGUUCCCCAUGGUUCCCUCCUUGGCCUCCCUCAGAAGAAACUUCUCCAACCCCAACAAACUCAACGAACAGGGGUCGGAAAGUCAGAGUUCGUUCCCGCGGAUUGCGUCCAGUGCGUCCAUGCGUUACGAGAGCACGACGCCAGAGGAACCAGGCACGUCCACACCGCCCAGGAUUAACAGUACGGCCAGCUUCGCAAAGGAUCACCUACAUGUACCCAGAAGGGGAUCGUUAAUGGACCCAAUUCGCAGGGGAUCGGUGCCGAGUAAACAUUUCAUGAGAAAAAUUCCCGAAGGCUCGGAGGCGUCCAACGUUCUGGUGGGAGAAGUGGACUUCCUGAAGCGUCCAAUCAUAGCCUUCGUGCGGCUGUCUCACAGCCUGCUAUUGGGUGACAUCACGGAGGUCCCCAUCCCGACGCGGUUCCUGUUCUUCAUGUUGGGGCCACAGGGUAACCAGAAGCAGUAUCACGAAGUCGGACGAGCCAUCGCGACGCUCAUGUCAGACGAGGUGUUCCACAAUGUUGCGUACAGGGCUAAGAACCGACAAGACUUGCUGGCUGGCAUUGAUGAAUUUCUAGACCAGGUAACAGUGCUUCCACCCGGGGAGUGGGACCCUAACAUCCGUAUCGAGCCCCCGUCCAACAUUCCGUCCCAGGAGGGGAGAAAAGGACACGGUCAGGACAACGGGGACGGGGAGAAGGAAGAGGAGUAUGACAGUAAGGAGGAACUCAAGAGAACCGGAAGAUUGUUUGGAGGUCUCAUCGAUGACAUCAAGAGAAAGGCUCCUCACUACCUGAGUGACUUUAAGGACGGCAUCAGUCUCCAGUGCCUGUCCUCUGUUCUCUUCCUGUACUUCGCCUGUAUCACUCCUGUCAUCACGUUUGGUGGGCUUCUAGGAGAUGCAACAGAAAACUAUCAGGCUGCGCUGGAGAAUAUUUUCUCAGCAGCUAUCUGUGGAACCACAUAUCACCUGCUGUCAGGACAGCCUCUCACCAUCAUAGGGUCUACAGGACCCAUCCUAGUCUACGAGACGCUCAUGUAUGACUUCUGCAAGGGCAAUAAGUUGGAGUACCUGCCGUUCAGAGUGUGGGUGGGGCUGUGGACAUGUUUUAUCCUACUGGUCAUGGUGGCUACUGACGCCAGCGCACUGGUCAAGUACUUCACCAGAUUUGUGGAGGAGAGUUUCGCUGCUCUCAUCGCUUUCAUCUUCAUCGUAGAAGCAUUCAAGAAGCUCUACCACAUCACGGAUCACUACAUGGUUAAGAAAUGGUGGUUAGAAUCCCAGUGUACGUGCUUACCUCCGGAAGAGAAAAACGACACUGCGACAUCCUUUGUGAACUACGUCAUGGGCAAUGAUACGAACAUGACCAGCGUGUUCUCCACACCAUCCGCUAUGAGUUGGAACUACAGCAUGGCCACGGAUUCGCCGCUGAAUGUCACAGACACGACGCCGUUUAACGACUUUGAAGUCAUCCCAACGAGUGCUUCAGACGGCAUCCCCUGGGAAAAUCUGACCCAGCAUGACUGUUUGAUUGUCCACCAUGGCCACUGGGUGGGGGAGAACUGUGACUAUGCACCAGACGUGUUCCUCAUGUCCGUUGUUCUCAUGGCUGGGACUUUCUUCCUCGCCUCCACUCUCAAGUCCAUGAAGACGGAAAGGUUCUUCCCAACAAUGGUUCGUGGGGUGAUCUGUGACUUUGCAGUCUUCAUCUCAGUUCUGACGUUUGUUGGAAUCGAUGCAGCAUUUGGGGUCGACACACCAAAACUCCUGGUACCAAUAGAGUUUAAGCCGACCCGCUCAGACCGUGGCUGGUUCAUCAACCCGGUUGGGAACAAUCCCUGGUGGGUGGGGAUCGCAGCGGUGAUCCCGGCUCUCCUAGCCGUGAUCCUGAUCUUCAUGGAUCAGCAGAUCACAGCUGUCAUCGUCAACAGGAAGGAACACAAGCUUAAGAAAGGAGCAGGGUACCAUCUGGACCUGUUUAUCGUGGCUAUCCUGAUCGGUAUAACCUCUCUGCUGGGUCUGCCGUGGUUUGUCGCUGCUACAGUCCUGUCUCUCAACCACGUCAACAGUCUCAAGAUGGAGUCUGACUGCAGCGCUCCCGGAGAGAAACCCAAAUUCCUCGGAGUCAGGGAAAACCGUGUGACAGGUCUGGUUGUGUUCCUGUUGAUUGGGCUGUCUGUUCUCUUCACCUCCAUUUUGAGGCUUGUUCCUAUGCCAGUGCUGUAUGGAGUCUUCCUCUACAUGGGUUUCUCUUCCCUGGCUGGUAUACAGUUCUGGGACCGGCUGUUGCUGGUUCUGAUGCCGCCGAAGCACCAGCCUGACUACGUGUACCUGCGCCAUGUUCCCCUGAAGAGAGUCCACCUCUUCACCUUCAUCCAGCUCAUGUGCCUGGUCAUCCUCUGGGUCAUCAAGUCUACAGACGCCUCCCUCGUCUUUCCCAUCAUGGUGCUGGCCCUGGUGUUUGUGAGAAAGCUGAUGGACUACCUCUUCGUCCAGGCCGAUCUGGAGUAUUUGGACGACAAGAUGCCCGAAAUGAUCAAGAGAAAGAAGGCAGACAAGGAAAUGGCAGAAGAGGAGUUCAGAGAAAGGUCCAGAACUCUGGAGGGAGCAGACUUCCUUGAGGUGAUGGACCAGACCAAGGAUGAGAUAGGGGGGAACAUCACCAUCCCAGUGGAGGCCAUCCAGUACAACCCCAAGAGCAAAACUCUUAACAUAUCAGAAGAGGUGGCCAAGACUGCCAUCUGGAAAACACUCGCCGGGGACACGCAGAAAAGGAAAAAAUCGCGUCGCUCAAAGAAGUCUCGUCCUGGUGACUUGACGCUGAAGGACGGGCCCAACGCACACGCCGACAGAAAGCCGACCACCAAGAACGGCGAGCUGUCCCCCCUGAUCGAAGAGGGGGGUAUCACCAUAAACAUCCCCCCUCCCUGGCAAGACAACGACGCCAAGAAACAACAACGACCAAAAGACGUGGAAGAAGGGAAAUCCCCGUUGAUCAAAGUGCAAGCCCCCUCCCCUUCCGAUAGUCCCGAUGUGGAGACAACAGUGUAGCGAAAAAAAAGCGUCCGCUACAACUACUAUGCUACCUUGUGCAAACCUUUGACAAACUCCAAAGUCACCUUUAGUAAUCGUCAUAGGUUUUCUCUGCUAGCUAUCACUGAAAUGUGCCAACUCUGUCUGCUAUACUCCUGUAGGGUUUGUUGAUUGUACUAAGUCUUCUCUCUAUGUGUGUACUCUAUGGACUUAGUUUUAGCAAGUAUAGAGUGUAUUACAUGUCGGAAAAUGUCCUGUUUUAUUAUUUUUUUCAAAUCACUGCACAUCACAGACUAAAAAUGAGAUGAAAAUAAAUUUUUAUUUUCAUGAGUUGCCCUUUAGUUGAAUGAUUUUUUUUUUUAAUUUAUGUUGAUUUUAUUUCUUUUUUCACUCACACUUUAGGUUAGGGAAAUUGGUCAUUUUUUUUCUUGACAGACGAUUCCAAAAUAUGACUAAAUUCAUGCUGCAAUGUUUUCUGUGAUACGUUAUAUGAAGGCUUGUACAGAUUUCAGCAAUCAAAUAUCUGCUUGAAAAAUACAAAUCCAAGGAAAGUUGUUACAAUUAGACUAAAACAGAAAAAUCUCAACAAAGAGAUUUUAGGUCCUAUAUUUUUAGAACAAAAUAACUUUAGGAGUUCACAAAGAACAAAAACCUUUACCUGAAAGCUACAUUCAUUAAAAUCAAUUGAAAGCAUAUUUUAUAUCUAUAUUAGAUUGUUGCAUUUGAGAUAGGGUCGAUUUUUACUUUGUAAUUUUUCAACUCCUAUAACCAAUGGUGAUGCCAUUCAAAAAAUACUGCUCUUUUUUUUUUUCUUAAAAGAUGUAUAAUUCUUAUUCUGCCCUCUGCACUCUUAACAUAUCGUAUUUUGAUGAAAAGAUAAUAAAAGUAUAACAUGGUUAUUACCACAAAUAAAUGGUGCUAAUCUAUUAAAAUCUGGCUAGAUUAUGGGAAAAUUACUUCUCGUAGGGCUGAUUCUAUAAUCUUCUUAAGGGGGAUAGAAGACUUCUAAAAACUUAAGAACAUCUCUGCUUGCAAGUUGCUUGCUAACCCACUCCUUAAGAAAAGUUUAACAAAAAUUGUUUAAUGUAGACACCUUCAAAGUUAUGUAGCACUGAAAUGAAAUAUUUUCUCUCCAAAAGUUUGAUAAAGUUUCAUUUAAAACUUGAAGUAGGUACAAAUGUAACUAGUACAGAGAGUACUAGUUGUAGUAUUCACUGUCUGCAACGUAUGCAAGGUCCUUCUUUUGGCUUUAACCUCUCUCUGCUUAGUACAUGUCAAUAAAGCAUGUUGACAAAGAUACAAGAGGAGUUAGCAUGUAUAAGGUUAAUGUCAGGCCAUUGUUUUUGAUGGCUUGGCUUUUAAUAUGUGUUAUUUAAUUUCCAAUCGAUGGAUCAUCGUAAAUAUUAAAGAGUAAAUAUGUAAAGUAACUGUACACAGAAUCGUCAUAAGAUCAAGUAGUUGUUUGUUGUGGACUUGUUUAGUUCUUAUAAGCUGCUGCUAAAAUCUGUAGGUGUAUAUAUUAUCAAGAGCAAUCAGAGUAUUGUAAACUAAAUAUCACAACUGCCAAUAUGAAUAUACACUAUUCAUAGAAGCUGAUACAUACAUGUAAUUAAUAAUCAGCAUGCUUUUCUGUUGUAUUCCGUGAACCUUCUGUUGUAUUCCGCGGAAUUCCGUGUAUUCCGUGAAGCUGUCCAAUGUACACAUCAACUGUUCAUCAAGAAAUAUUAUAAAUAGACCAAUCCACACAAUACCUCCUUACAUUUCCUAAGCAACUGUAAAAGUCAAAUCGGGUAUGUUAAUAUUUAAAAGAAAUUAUUGUAAAUUUUCUUGCUGUUGGAAGGUUGCUUGUGUUGUUUAAGAAGUGGUAAGGCAAAAAAGAGGGACUGAAAAAUGUUUAAGACAAGUUGUGGGCUAUUAGUGUUAUAAGUCCUGCAUAAAGUGAUCAAAAAGCAUACAUUUUUAGGUUCUUUGUUUUGCACUUUGCAUGUAUUUUUCAGUGCACUUUUACAUGACAUAAACAGGCAAAUACUAUUUUUCUGAUUUUCAGCAAAGUAGCAAAAUUUCAUCUUUCUCAAAUAGCUAUAAACUACAUGGGAACCUUUGAUAAUUGUUACAAUCUUUUCACUUCAAUGCUACCAGUCAAAAUAAUGCUUACAUAUAGUUUUUAGGAAGUGCCUUUAGUACAAGAAAGAAUAGGCUUGAGUCAGAGACAGGUCUGUAAGAUAUCAUAAACUGUUUGUAGAUAGCAAUAAAAUCUUUAUUUCCUCAAUAGCAUAGCUUAUGACAAAAAGCAAAUGAUAUUUUUCACAUCUCCAGAAAAUUUUAAAAGAUAUAGCUUCUGUAUAGUGUAUGCUGCUGUAGUAAGGAGUUGUAGUAUUUUUUCUCUGCACAACUUGAAAUAAUUGCAAAGAGUACAUUGAAAGUUCCGGGUAAAGAGGACAUGAGGAUAUAAAAUGAAAUGAGUGAUUCCAGUGCUUGCCCCCUCCUCUGUGAGGACUGAAACUGGCAUGAUUUCUAGGAUUUUAAUGUGGUCACUUGUUAAUUGUAAAGUGUUUAUUGACGUUUGUUUAUUGGUGUGUAAUCAAUCGUGGAUUGUAGAACACUACAAUGGUAUGUUGUCAAGGACCCUCAGAACCAAUAAACAAAUCAAAAUACUGAA